AUGGCUUUAAGUUAUACAGAGGAUACGCAAGAGCAGCUGCUGACAAAUCAAGCAACCCCAAAAUCACUAAUAUUGAACCGCUUUCUGCUGGACAUAGAAUACUUAACAUCUACAGACACCCGAAUCGCAACAUUUCUGGAGCACGGUAUCAGGACCUGUUUCAACUUUUUAACUCAUACGAGAGGGUUAUUUUCGUGGGGGUCUGAACGCACAUCAUUCUAUGGAGCUGUGCCAAGACCGACAGGUAGUCUCAUUUUAAAUGCUGUGGAAGGAGUUAAUGCUUGCAUAUUGAACGAUGACCAUUCUCCUCCAAAUUCGGAUAUCUCUAUUAUUAACCUGAUAAUUGCCUCACCUGACUUUGCCCCGUUUUGCGAAGUUAAAGUUUACGAGGAUAUAAUGGGCAGCGAUCACUUCCCCAUCGAAAUUAAGGGGACACAACAUGGGGUACAACAUCGACAAAGACAUACUCAGCCGCCUCAUCCAAAGAUUUCUUCAAGGAAGUUCCUGAGGACAUGCGAGGCAUACAACUAUCUGAUGAAGCUGACAAGAUCCUUUUUCCCACUGAAGUCUCAGCACUCACAUUCAGCACUAUCUGACAAAUGGAAAUCGCUUCCCAGAAUGUGCUAAGUGUUCCAGAGUAAUCUACAAGCAAAAACGCAUGC